GACACUUGACUAGAGAUGUCGGAAUACAAGUAUUUGUCGGGAUUCGGAUCGCAUUUCUCAUCUGAAGAUGAACGAUGCCCCAACUCCCUGCCGAUUGGACAAAACUCUCCACAAAUAUGCCCUUACAAACUGUACGCUGAGCAACUUUCUGGUAGUGCUUUUACAGCACCACGAACUGAAAAUCAAAGAACUUGGCUAUACAGAAGACUUCCAUCGGCGGUCCAUCAGCCAUUUAAGCCAUUCGUUGGAGCCAAAUACUUUACUCAGAAUUGGAAUGAACAGCCACCAAAUCCUAAUCAGCUACGUUGGAAACCAUUUGACCUACCCACGGAGAGGAAGAAGCCUGUAGACUUUGUUCAAGGAUUGCACACCGUUUGCGGUGCUGGUGAUCCUCGUGUUCGCCAUGGCCUAGCCAUUCAUGUCUACCUAUGCAAUGUGUCUAUGGAGAAUUCGGCUUUCUAUAAUAGCGAUGGCGAUUUCCUGAUUGUACCUCAGCAAGGAGUCCUCGACAUAACGACUGAGCUGGGCAAAAUGACAGUGGCCCCAAAUGAAAUUUGCGUUAUUCCUCAAGGAAUACGCUUUGCUGUCGGAGUGGAUUCAGUCAGCAGGGGUUAUAUACUUGAAGUAUAUGAUGGCCAUUUUUGUCUACCUGAUUUGGGUCCAAUUGGUGCGAAUGGUUUGGCUAAUCCAAGAGAUUUUCAAACUCCUGUGGCUUGGUUCAAUGAUAAGCAAGUUGAAGAUUUUAAUGUGAUUUCGAAAUAUCAAGGUGGCUUAUUUGUGGCCAAACAGAAUCAUACCGUUUUCGAUGUUGUUGCCUGGCAUGGCAAUUAUGUGCCAUUUAAAUAUGAUCUUAAUAAAUUCAUGGUUAUUAAUUCCGUAAGCUUUGAUCACUGUGAUCCAAGUAUAUUUACGGUCCUCACGUGUCCGAGUUUACGUCCUGGCACAGCUAUAGCCGAUUUCGUGAUAUUUCCACCACGAUGGUCUGUGCAAGAGCAUACAUUCCGUCCUCCAUAUUAUCAUAGAAAUUGCAUGAGUGAGUUUAUGGGUCUUAUAUUGGGACGCUAUGAGGCAAAAGAAGAUGGCUUUGCUGCUGGCGGUGCUACGCUUCAUUCGAUGAUGACUCCACAUGGUCCAGAUGUCAAGUGCUUUGAUGGUGCCUCCAAGGCCAAGUUGGUACCAGAACGUAUUGCUGAGGGAACUCAGGCAUUUAUGUUCGAGACUUCGCUUAGCUUGGCCGUAACCAAGUGGGGAGAGGAAACCUGCCAGAAAUUAGAUGCCGAAUACUAUGAAUGCUGGCAAUCUUUAAAGGAUAACUUUACCAUUCAAUAAUGAAGACUUGGCUUGGCUUUAAUUGGGUACAAUAUCCAAAAAAUUACACUCACACACACACAUACAUACAUAAUCCUUAUUGCUAGAUAAAUACAACCUUAUGUGGUAUACUCGUUUUAAUUGAUCUAA